UAAAGCUCUGCAGAUCUACAGCUCGGUCAGUAAAGCAGGAGAUCAUGGCUGACAGCCGGGAGAAAGGACUACAGGACUACAGAAAGAAAUUACUCGAGCACAAAGAGAUCGAUGGGCGUCUGAAGGAGUUGAGAGAGCAGCUGAAAGAGCUCACUAAACAGUAUGAGAAGUCUGAGAAUGACCUGAAGGCUCUGCAGAGUGUUGGUCAGAUCGUUGGCGAGGUACUCAAACAGCUGACGGAGGAGAAGUUUAUUGUUAAAGCUACCAAUGGCCCUCGCUAUGUGGUUGGCUGUCGCAGACAGCUGGACAAAACCAAGCUGAAGCCUGGAACCAGAGUGGCUCUGGAUAUGACCACCCUCACAAUCAUGAGGUAUUUGCCACGUGAGGUCGACCCACUGGUGUACAACAUGUCCCAUGAAGACCCAGGCAGUGUGUCCUACUCGGAGAUUGGUGGGCUGUCUGAGCAGAUCCGUGAACUCAGAGAGGUGAUCGAGCUGCCGCUGACCAACCCUGAGCUGUUCCAGAGGGUGGGCAUCAUCCCCCCGAAAGGCUGCCUGCUGUAUGGACCUCCAGGAACUGGAAAGACCCUUCUAGCAAGAGCUGUGGCCAGUCAGCUAGACUGCAAUUUCCUGAAGGUGGUGUCCAGCUCCAUCGUCGAUAAGUACAUUGGUGAGAGUGCCAGGCUGAUUAGAGAAAUGUUCAACUACGCUCGGGACCACCAGCCCUGCAUCAUCUUCAUGGAUGAGAUCGAUGCUAUCGGUGGUCGUCGUUUUUCUGAGGGAACAUCUGCAGAUAGAGAGAUCCAGAGGACACUCAUGGAGCUGUUGAACCAGAUGGAUGGAUUUGACACCCUGCACAGAGUGAAGAUGAUCAUGGCUACUAACCGUCCAGACACUCUGGACCCAGCGCUGCUGCGGCCCGGCAGACUGGACAGGAAGAUCCACAUUGAGCUGCCCAAUGAACAGGCUCGUCUGGACAUCCUGAAGAUCCAUUCGGGACCCAUCACCAAACACGGAGACAUAGAUUAUGAAGCCAUCGUCAAGCUCUCGGAUGGGUUCAAUGGCGCUGACCUGAGAAACGUCUGCACAGAGGCUGGUAUGUUUGCUAUCCGCGCAGACCGCGACUACGUCACUCAGGAAGAUUUUAUGAAGGCCGUACGGAAAGUGGCAGAUUCUAAGAAGCUGGAAUCCAAGCUGGAUUAUAAACCUGUAUAAAAUAUCAGUGUCAGAUUACAGGUGGUGGAUGUUUUGCUCAUGUUAAGAAGACCUUACGAUACUUUUUGUCACUCUCAGUUGCAGAAAACUUUUCUUUUUAUUAUGUUUUGUGAACUGUGACAGCCAGCAGCUCCCUCUGAUUGUUACUAUCAGGAUUUUACUAUCCCGUGAGCUCAGCUGUAGGGAAACGUGUGUGUUCCGUAGUCCAAACACAUCGACUAUUGGCCUCGUCUGUAAGCCUCCAACAUUUAAAUCAUACUACAACCCUCUAUGUCCCGAUUAUAAAGCGUUGUUCCUGCCUUGUUUAUCAAAUCAUUAAAGUUUGAUACUGAA